CCCAUAACAUGGAAUCCUUUCAUCCAGGUACAAAGACCUUGGUAUUCAGUAUUUUAUGUGCAUUUCUUUCCACCAAAAAUGGCAGAAAUUUAGGUGCAGAAAUUUUUCAUAAACAUAUCAAGCUCAAAUUGUUAUUCUGUCUUCCUCUCAGUCUUCGUUGUAAGAUUGUAUUAGCCGUGAUGAAUAUGCCUCUUAAGCAAAGUCGAAUGGUCAUGUAUCUUGCUACUCGACCUUGGGGUGCUCAAUGGGAUGCCAUCACUAAAAUCUCUAAAGAAGGCUGGAGUGGUCAUUGGAUUGCACCUCAAGCUACAUCCUCUUCUGUAGAGCAUACAGCCAAAGAAGCGGAUUUAAUUAUUUAUUUUAUUCACGGUGGAGGGUUUAGAGUAGGUCAUUCGCUCAUGUACACAGAUUCAUUCAUGAAAAUCAUUCAUCACUUGAAAGAAAAAGGAAUGGAUGCCCGUAUCUUUUCCAUUGAUUAUGGGCUUUGUCCUGAAGUCCAAUUCGAUCGUUCCAAGCAGGACUGUAUGGACGGUUAUCGGUACCUGGUGAAAGAACUGCAGAUUGACCCUAAACGUAUCGUCCUUAUGGGUGAUAGUGCGGGAGGUAAUCUCGUGAUACAUUGCUGUAGCGAGAUACGCAAGAGUGGAGUAGCGGAUCAGUUAGAGCAACCAGCAGGCAACGUACAGAUUUCACCUUGGGUGAACAUUGAUACGAGCGAAACGAUUCGCGAUGGUGUAGUGUAUGAAGAUUGUUUAAACCGACGUACGUUUGAUAGGACGGAUUUUGGAGAAUAUUAUGGUUCUGUGAUGAAAAAGUGUACAACGGAAAUGGAUAAACAAAAGGUAUUACGGGAUGCUAGUAUUUCACCCAUGUAUGGUAGAUUUGUUGGACUUUGCCCUACCCUUGUAACGUAUGGUAGCACUGAGGUAUUUCAGGAUGAUGUGAAAAGGAUGAUUGAGGUCUAUAAGCGAGAUGGUGUUUCAGUGGAAGUAGUGAAGAAGAAGGCACCCCAUAUUUGGAUUAUUUGUAACAUGCUAUCACCCAAUGACAGAGUGUGGAAAGAAGGAUGUUCAGUGUUAGCGGAUUGGUGUGCAAAAUGUGUGUAAUGUCAUACUCGUGUCACCCCCCAAAAAAAGAAGAUCUCACUUGUACCGAAUGAAACACUCUCUUCUAUUUUUAUUAAUAAAUCUAAACUAAACUGACCAAUGAUUCGUGACGGUACACUCUUCAUUUGGCUGCACCCGAAAAAAAAAAAAAAAAAAAAAAAAAAAUUAAUAAUGAUCAAACAAUAAUAAUAGGCCCAGUGUUUUUAUAAAAAGAGUGAGAUAAGCGGCGAUCCUUUUCUUUUUUUGUA